AUGGGAAUCCUCGUCGCCGGCCCGUCUGCUUGGGCGGAGCUGGAGGCAGGAUUGCUGGCGGAGAUCGCCAAGAGAAUAGCGAGACUCUCCGAUUACGCAAGUUUCGCUACGGUGUGCUCGUCGUGGAGGAACGCCGCUCUCCCCGAGGAGCGCCGCCGCCGUCCGUGGGCGCAAUUCCCGGGGCUGCUGAUAGCCGGCCGCCGCCGGGAGAGGAAACCAGGGGAUCGCUUCUUACCCGUUGCGCAGAUCAGAAACUACCUGGGCAACCAGAAAUCCCACUACAGAUUGCGGCGGGCCUUUCUACAGCCGCCGGCGGCGGCGGCGGCCGCGGAGGAGUGGGAUUGUCGAGGGACACAGGAAGGAUGGGUGGUGAUGGUCAAGCCUUACGAGGAUGGGAACAGAGCUGUGAACGUGACGCUACGAAACCCGCUCACCCACGUCGACAUUGCUCUGCCUCCUCUCCACGCCGGCGUUUCGACGGCGCCGUUUUCCUGGCGGGUUGAAAAGGCUGUGCUGUCUUCUUCCCCAGGAGCCGACUCCAGCGGCCGAUGCUACGUCUUGAUGUUCCACGAUCUGCGUGUUACUGAACUCAUUACCGUUAGGUUGGUGAGUUUGUGCGAGGUUGGAGCGGGUGAAGGACGUUGGAGAGACGUGGAGUUCACAGAAAUGCCUAUCGAUCACCAAGAUUACAGUAUCGAGCCGCCGCCGACGACGGCAGGGGGAAGCCCACCACCCGCGCUGGACGACAGGGACGCAAUUUACAUCAACGGCAACAACAACUCAAGUUACUUCUACAUACUGAACCGAGGGAUCCUGCACCUCCUGGACCCAUCCGCCGCCGAGGCGAGAACCACCGCCGUCUGCAGAAUCGAAGGGAAACUCCCCUUCCGACAAACCAAGUGGAGGGAGAGCUUCCACCUGAACCACUACUUCUACUCCGCGGAAGCAGGGUGCCACGUCGUCCCGCAUUUCCACCUGGCGAAACUCGGAGCAGGUGGAGAUGAUGAGCUGGCAGUGGCCGUCCGCCUGGUGGGGUACAGCCCGGGCCAAGGGGAGACAGGUGUCAGAAAGUUCGUCGUGUACACGUGGCGGCGGUCGGAGGAUCGGCAGGGGUACUAUUGGGAAGAAGCCGGCGACCUGGGCCGUGGCGGGGCGGCGCUGUUCGUGGGGACGUGUCAGGCUAGCGUGACCUUGCGGCUGCCUGCAGGGGUGAACGUUGCGGCGAAAAGGGACCAUAUCUAUUUUGCUCUGUUCUCCCCUGCCAAUGUUUCCGGGGUCGAGAUUGGGGAAUAUAACUACCUCCGCCGCGGCGGCGGCGGCAGUGGCGGCGAUGUUCACCUGUUCAAAUUUGGACCCUCGACGAUUGAGCCGCAGGAUUUGGCAUCAUCUUCAUCAAGCAUCGACGGGAAGUGCACGAGGAAGCGUUGUGAAGAAAUGGAUUGUACCUGCGCUGCUGCAACUAUUCAGGCCGAUGGUGAAGAGAACGAUGAGCAAUAUGCCUUUGAUACCGCUACCAAUAGAUUUGAAGCCUUGCUCACGCUCUAA